CCUGGAUUCGGCGAGCGCCGCAAGGUGUGGGAACUGCGGCAGCCUUCGAAAUAAUCACAUCCGGGCCGGUGCUUCGUUUCCCAAUGUUUUCAUGGUCCUCACAGUCUAUCGUAGCAGGGUCUCUUAGGACUCCCACUUCGUCAAAAACGAUAAAGCGAUGCUAUGCCAUCUCGCUGAAACCUGGACAGAUCUUGCCGGGGAAGAAAUACCCUCGCGUCUUCCACGACAAAAAACUAUUCCAAUACAACUGGUAUACCAAAAUCCUGAACACUACCCACCGCGCUCCUCUAAUCAUUCUACACCGAGACGACUUUAGCGCGAACAGGCUGAAGAAGCUAAGAUGGGAUAUACAGGUCGCUUCACAGAAGUUCUUGAAGAAGGCGCAGGAGGCAGGGGAGCUUAUUGAAGCUCCAACGCUUACCGUUGUCCGGUCAUCCAUUUUCGGCGCUGCGCUAAGGGAAUUCCCCAAUAUGAGGUUAGAGGACGUAGAGAAAAUGAUUGGCGGCUUACCUGGAGGAUACGCUGUCCUCUCCCUGCCUGUUCUCGACCCCUCUCUUUUAAACGCUGUUCUUCGAGCAAUGGACCGCAGUGUUCCAUCCCGUCCCGAAAAAACCGCUGAAGAAAUUGCGAAGGAGCUGGCGGAGAAAAGCGCUGAUCCUGCUCAGCCUGGUAGAAGGAUGAAACGCCAGCGUGCCGUCCUUGUUCCAGAUCUGAAAGUAAUGGGGGCCCUAGUUGAAGGGAAGGUCUUGUUACCCGAUAGAAUGCAAGAGGUAUCGAAACUACCUUCACUGGAUACGCUCCGAGCACAGAUUGUGGGUCUUUUGACCGCACCUUCCGCACAGUUGGCAGCAGUUCUAAGCCAGGCAAGUGGAGGGCAGCUUGCAAGGACUUUGGAGGGAUUCAGGAAGGCGUUGGAGGUCGGAGAAGCACCUGAGAAGGCUUCAUAAUACUGUUGUCACAUAACGAUGAAUAAAUCUGCGCUACGAAGUCUUCAGAUCCAUGCAUAUCGCUUUUUAG